AUGCCAACCAGCAACCUCUGUCAGCAGCAAUGGGUGCUUGGCAUGAACCCCUAUGCAGGGUUGGUGAGCUGCCUUCGUGCUUCUUGGCUCACAGGGAAGACACGCCCCAUGGAGUACCGGGUCUCCCAGCUGGAGGCACUUGGCCACUUUCUGGAUGAGAAGCAUCAGUCCAUUUUGGAUGCCUUGGCCUUGGACAUGCACAAGCCCCAGUUUGAAGCAAAGCUUUCUGAGACUGUCCUAUGCAAGAAUGAGCUCAACUACACACUCAACAACCUGAGAAGCUGGAUGAAGGAUGAGCAUGUGGACAAGAACAUGGUGACUCAGCUGGACAUGGCCUUCAUCCGCAAGGACCCCUAUGGGGUUGUGCUGAUCAUCGGGCCCUGGAACUAUCCUGUCAAUCUCCUCCUGGUGCCACUGAUUGGGGCCAUUGCUGCUGGUAAUUGUGUCAUCCUCAAACCCUCUGAGAUCAGCAGCUGUGUAGAGAGGCUCAUGGCUGAAAUGCUUCCCAGCUACCUGGAUAGGGACUGCUUUGCUGUGGUUACUGGUGGCAUAGAGAAGACCACAAAGCUGCUGGAGAAUAGAUUUGACUACAUCUUUUUCACUGGCAGCACCAGUAUAGGCAGGAUUGUCAUGGAGGCUGCAGCUGAGCAUCUGACACCGCUAACCCUGGAGCUAGGGGGCAAGAACCCCUGCUACAUAGCUGAUGAUUGUGACUUGCAAAGUGUGGCCAACCGGCUAGUCUGGGGGCGCUUCUUCAAUGCAGGGCAGACAUGCAUUGCACCCGACUAUGUGCUGUGCACCUUGGAGAUGCAAGAGAAGCUGUUACCUGCCCUGCACCGUGCUAUUGCUGACUUCUAUGGUGCCAACCCCCAGGAGUCACCUGACUUCGCCCGCAUCAUCAGUGACAAGCAGUUCCAGCGUGUGCAGUCCCUUAUGGAUAGUGGACAUGUGGCGAUUGGAGGGCAGACAGAUGAGAAGGAGCGGUAUAUUGCCCCUACGGUGCUGGUGGAUGUGCCAAUGUCAGCACCUAUAAUGCAGGAGGAGAUCUUUGGGCCGAUCCUACCCAUUGUCACUGUGGCCAACUUGGAGGAAGCCAUUGACUUAAUCAAUACCCAGAAGCAGCCGUUGGCUGUGUAUGUCUUCUCCUCUAACAAGAAGGUGGUGAAACAGGUGCUGGAGCAGACGAGUAGUGGUGGUUUUGCCAGCAAUGACACCAUAAUCCAAACAACAUUGAUCACACUGCCCUUUGGUGGGAUUGGUCCGAGUGGCUUGGGGAAGUACCACGGCAAGUUCAGCUUUGACACCUUCUCUCAUCACCGUACUUGUCUCAUGCACCUCAUGGACCAGGAGAAAUUGAAUACACUCUGCUACCCACCUUAUGCCCAGCACAAUCCAGAGUCUCUGCUAUCCACCUCUGAGAUCAGGCGCAAGAGCACCUGCAACCUGCUGUGA